GCUCCACUCUCCUUUCCCGAUCGCCAGUACACCAUCCAGAGCAGUGCAGCACGGGGGCGGGCCGCGGGCGGUUGCUCACUUGCUCCUGCUCCCCCUCCCGCUCGAACCAUCAGCUCGCAGUGCAGCCAUGGCAACCGGCCGCGCCGCGCUGCUCCUCCUCCUCCUCACCACCCCGCUGCUGCUCCUCCUCCUCGCCCCGCCGGCAGAGGGCCUCGUCCGCAUCCCGCUGAAGAAGCGGCCGGCCGACACCAACGGCCGCCUCCACGCCGAGCGGCGCGGCGGCUACCCCGGCAGCAGCAGCGGCGAUGACGCCGCCGCCGCGUUGAACAAGGCCGAGGCCGAGGAGGAGGGCGACAUCGUGGCGCUGAAGAACUACCUCAACGCGCAGUACUACGGUGAGAUCGGCAUCGGCACGCCGCCGCAGACGUUCACCGUCAUCUUCGACACCGGCAGCUCCAACCUCUGGGUGCCCUCCUCCAAGUGCUACGCAUCGAUCGCUUGCUAUUUCCACGAGAGGUACAAGGCCGGCCGAUCAAACUCUUAUAAGAAGAAUGGAAAACCUGCUUCUAUACGCUAUGGUACUGGUGCAAUUUCUGGCUAUUUUAGUCUGGAUAGUGUGAAAAUCGGUGAUGUAGUUGUGAAAAAUCAGGAUUUCAUUGAAGCUACAAGGGAGACAAGUGUUACUUUCAUGGUUGGAAAAUUCGACGGUAUUCUUGGGCUUGGAUUCAAGGAAAUCUCUGUUGGAGCUGCUGUACCUGUCUGGUACAACAUGGUUAAACAGGGUCUUGUUGGUGAUCCUGUUUUCUCAUUCUGGUUCAACCGACAUGCUGAUGAAGGGCAGGGAGGUGAAAUUGUGUUUGGAGGAAUUGAUCCUAAUCACUACAAGGGAAAUCACACGUAUGUCCCUGUCACUAGGAAGGGAUACUGGCAGUUUGGUAUGGGUGAUGUCCUGAUUGGAGGAAAGUCCACAGGAUUCUGUGCUUCUGGCUGUGCAGCAAUAGCAGAUUCUGGAACUUCAUUGCUUACUGGUCCCACAGCCAUAAUUACUCAGAUAAAUGAAAAGAUUGGUGCUGCUGGGGUAGUCAGCCAAGAAUGCAAGGCAAUUGUUUCUCAGUAUGGGCAACGGAUCAUAGAUCAGCUUGUAGCAAAGACACAGCCGGCAAAGAUAUGCUCUUCAGUUGGUCUAUGUACUUUUGAUGGAGCUCAUGGUAUUAGUACUGGUAUUUGGAGUGUGGUAGAUGAUGGAGCUAGGGAAUCAAAUGGUCUCUUCAAUGAAGCUAUGUGCAAUGCCUGUGAAACGGCUGUUGUAUGGAUACAAAACCAGCUUGCACAGAACCAAACUCAGGAUGUGGUGUUGCAGUACAUUAAUCAAGUAAGUUUCAUAGCUUGUAAUGCCAAUGCAAGAAUCUUCCUUAAAUACAAGUCUAAAAAAUGUUGCAAAACUGGCUCAAUUUUGCAGCUGUGUGAAAAGCUUCCUAGUCCUAUGGGACAAUCAUCAGUGGACUGCAGCAGAGUUGCAUCCAUGCCUGACAUUGCCUUUACCAUCGGGGGUAGAAAGUUCGCACUCAAACCAGAACAAUAUAUCCUGAAGGUUGGUGAAGGACAUGCUGCUCAGUGCAUCAGUGGUUUCACCGCUAUGGACAUUCCUCCUCCCCGUGGCCCUCUCUGGAUCUUGGGUGAUAUAUUCAUGGGAGCCUACCACACCGUCUUUGACUACGGCAACCUGAAGGUUGGCUUUGCAGAGGCGGCAUGAUGUGGCGCUCUGAGGCGUCCCGAGGAACCCUACCCUACAGAAUUUGCAUUUCAGCUCGGGGGUGAUGUCCUGCAAGCGUGUAUGUAUAGGCUUUACAUCCUCAAUAAUGCUUGUGAGAUCUGAGAUAUAGACCUGUCUGUUUCAACUGGCUAAUAUAUUUAUCGAGGCGGGUUUCAAGCUGAUUA